AUGGUUGAAAUGAACAAUGCAUCCAACAGCAGUAGGGACGAAAUCCGGAAAGUCCAGGGAUUGAAGGCUGGACAGGCAGUGUCGAAAGAUCUUAAAAAAAGGAUUCCUCCCGGACUCGGAUCAAGGGCUGCAGCCAGAGAUCCUCACGUUGAAAUCGAUCUGACAGGAAAAGAACUCACUGAUGAGGGAUUUGCUGCCUUAAUUGACGAUCUUAUAAACUGUAUCCAGUAUCGCGACAAGCAGCACCCCAAUGGAAUUGUCCGGUUGACUGAGCUUGUGCUCAAGGGGAAUGCGUUGACUGUGGCUUCCAUGAGGAAGCUGGGCCAAGUUGUUGCACUCAGCAGUGACUGUUUAGCACAGCUGGACAUCUCAGAUAAUCAAAUUUCUGUUUCUUUUCGGGAAGAGAGGGAGUCCUGGCAGGCUUUCUUGGAGUCAUUUCAAGGAUGUUAUGUCCUGAGAAAGGUUGAUUUCAGCAACAAUCCUCUCGGGGGAGCGGGAUUUGAUGUGCUUGCUAGAGUAUAUGCGCACAGUGAUUUGGAUUUUAUCGAACCCCUGGCCAAUAGGACUUCGCAGAAUCAGGCCGAUCCUGAUGCAGUUGACGCUCUCAGGAAAGAGGCGGAUGUCGUCGUACUUGGCGAAGAGAAAGAGAACAGGAAACCACCAAGUCAAGUUGCGAAUGUAGAAAAAGGACAUGAGGUCCACCAAGUCUGGGGUUCUCAGGUUGAUUGGCACGGAGCCCAGCCAACAGACAAUCUGAAUUAUAGGAGCACGAGAGGCCUUCGAUCGGUGCCAUAUCUAAUUUUCUCGAAUUGCUGCACGACAAAUGCUUGUGCGUUUCACUUAUGGGCUAUCAUCCUUUCGCACCGCCGGCCUGAUACGCUCCUGGAGUUCCUCCCGCCUGGUAAAUCGGUGAUACCGGCAGAGAAGACUAACCUAGUGAAUGGCAUUGUAUACACACCUAAUGAAAAAUUAAGUGAACUCGGAAGAAGACUACUUGAACUGGGAAACGAGUAUCGUGUGCAAGAGUCCGACACUGACGCAGAAGAAACAGAAUCUCAAGGCUUCGACAGUGAGUUUAGAGAGUCCGAUAUCGCAAAGUAUAGGGAGCUACGCAAAAAACACGAGAUCGAAAUGGAACGAGUGAAGAAUCGCUUGCUUCUGGACAUUUUUAGGACCGACGGUCCAGCAAUUGCCGAUAUUUGGAGCACAGCAUUCAAAAUGAUGAGGGUUGCUCGUGCAAUCUUGCUCGACGAUGGCACUAAGCUGAAACCGUCUGUUACACUCGAGGAUAAGAAAUUAAUGGAACCGUGCCUGACAAAUGAAAAUCUGACAAGCGACGAUCCAAUAAACCAACACCCGAAAAUCGAAAACCCGAAAAAUGGCUGUUGGAAUCGGAACCCAUCCGCGCAACGAAGCGAAAGUUUCCUAGAAGAUUUCCCGACUAUUCAAGAAUCACUGGAAGGAUAUAGCAGAGAGGGAUUGGCUCCAACCUGGGAAGAAACUCUUCGACAAGAUGUAGGAAACUCGACGAGUCGCAAGAUUCCUAGGAGUCGCAAAGAUUCAAUGGCUGGGGCCAAGAAGCAACCCGCAAAGGCUGAAGUCAAGUUUGAUAUUGGUAGAUUUGGGUUGCCAAUGGACAUAUGGGGGAGGGUCAUUGCGGACGCCAUGGGCUGUUCUAAGUUAUUGACAGUAGAACAGCAGAUGAGAGUGCUUCGGUGGGAAGGCAAGGUUUUCGGAUUUAGGUGA